CUAUUUUAUUUUAUUAAAAACUUAUCAUAACCUAAAAACAAGAAUUAAAAUUACAAUUUUAUUUUCUUUCAAACUAAUAUUUGAAAAGAAAAGAAAAAGUUGUUGGAAUUGCACUAAAACUUUAGUGUGAAGUGAUGCCUACUGUUGACUAACAAGCUUGGCCCAUUCUUUUGGCUCUUGAGCAUUUAUCAGAAAAGUUGACUUGACGAUAUGAAGACACAUUCAAAGUUAGGUUCCGUACUGGAACAACCAAGCAUUCAAUCAAAAUGUAAGUAGCAUGGAAGGGACAUCUUGUUUUUGGUUUCUAUAAAAAGCAAGCACCAAACUCAAUCCCUGUGCAGUGAUCAGCCAUAAACUUUACUCACCACGCUCCAAGCGAAACCAUGAUCAAACAUGUUCUUUGUUUUUUAGUAUUCCUGCACGCAUUUCAUCAAACACAUGCAGUUCAGUACACGGUCAUCAACAAGGCUCUCUCAACUUCUGGUGGAGUAGCUUUCCGUGACAAAAUAGGAGCAGACUACGCGAAGCAAACGCUUGACUCUGCCACCCAAUUCAUAUGGAGGGUCCUUCAGCUGAACAACCCCGGUGACAGAAAAAACGUGCAGAAGGUAACUUUAUACGUGGAUGACAUGGAUGGAGUUGCGUAUGCCAGCAACAACGAGAUCCAUCUGAGUGGAAGAUAUGUUGGAAAUUACCAAGGGGAUGUGAAGAGAGAGAUUACGGGGGUGCUGUAUCAUGAAAUGGUCCACAUUUGGCAGUGGAAUGGAAAUGGUGGUGCUCCUGGGGGGUUAAUCGAAGGCAUAGCAGACUACGUGAGGCUGAAGGCAAACUAUGCACCGAGCCACUGGGUAAAACCGGGCCAAGGUCAGAAAUGGGACCAGGGUUAUGAUGUUACUGCUCGUUUUCUUGACUAUUGUGAGAGUCUGAAAAGUGGGUUUGUGGCAGAACUGAACCAGAAGAUGAGAACUGCUUAUAGUGAUCAAUUCUUUGUUGAUAUAUUGGGGAAGUCAGUGGAUCAGCUUUGGAAUGAGUAUAAGGCUAAGUAUGGGAAUCUACCCUAAUUCAUCGGUUAAGAACUUCCUCCUUCAAAAAUAAGCGACUCUGUCCAUCAUUUUCUAUCUUCCGUUGUAACUCAUAUUGCAAGAGAAUAAACAUUUACAACAUAUAAAUCAUUAUCAGCUAUUCUAUCCUUGAUUAAAAGUUUAAAUGUAUGGUUGAUUUUCUGUUUUA